AGCAAGACAAAGUCAAUCAUUCAACAUAUAUCCUCAUCAUAUGGGACAGAAAUCAUAUGCUGAAAUGACAAGUGAAUGGCAGAGAAAAGGGUACAUUCCCUCAGUUUCUUCGUCAUCUGAAGGUUCCUCUGCGUCUACAAUUUCUUCAAGUUUGCCGAGUAGGACAUGUUUAUGGCUUCUUGCAAGAUCGGUACCAGAUGAGAAAGGAAAUCCUUACUUGCCGGAUCAGGGCACACAAAAGGUCAAAGAAAAUAUUGAUGAAUGGAAAAGGAAACAAGAUGAAGGGGAAUUUGUUCCCAAAAGUGCACGAGAUGAUGUCUUAUCUCGUGCACUUGGUAAGACUAAAGAAGGGAGACCACUAACAUUUGGUGGUGGAGUAGGCAUCAAAGCUGUGUGGGGGACCGGAGAUCGGCGUAGCUUUCGACGGUAUGGAGAUGCGGAGAUGGAGGAAAUGGAAGCAAGAGUGACCAAAAGGGUCAAAGAUGAGACAAUACAAGAGAUGAACUCCAAGAUGGAUGCCAUGGUCAUGGAGAAAUUUAUCACAUUUGCUAAAGAACUUGGUGUCCAAAUACCAAGCCAUAUGAGGAUAGACGCAAAUGUUCAUAGUAGUUGUCGUUCCGGGGGUUUAGAUCCAUUUGCCGACAUUACGGUAUGAUAAUUUGUGUUUUUCAAGUAAUUUGUUUCUAGUUAAUUCUAUUGAACUUUUCUAACAUGUUACAUUGUAUUUGCGUUAUUGUUCAAAAUAAAUAAUAAGGAACCUGUCCCGUG